AUGCUCUCGCCUCACGAAUCAAGGGCCAUACCAAACCAGCGCUUGAGAAUUUUCUUCGGCAUCGACAACGCCUUCACCCGAAAUGAGAGCAGCCAUGUCGCGCCAUUCGUCGAAAUGGCAAAAGAUUUGAUCAACGUACCAGCCAAAAGAUGGGAAGAGCUAUCCAUGUUCGCCAGAACAACCGCGACAAACUGGACGAUCAACGGCUUUCCCGAUGAUAAAAAGAACGCAACGCAGACCGACAAAAACCGCAUCAACAUCACCAGCAUGGUCCAGAUCCUCACCAUGCGCUGCGUGUUAUCCAUCAUCUUCCCAGAUCUCGAUCAAGCGAAGGUCCACGACCUCAGUCUCCUCAACCUAGCCACAUCAAUCACCCGCGUCUGGCUAGCUUCUAAAUCAUCAGCAAACCCCCAACACACCUUCGCAAACGACGUCGACCUCCAACAAUCCCUCAUGGAAGUAUUCCCUCAUCUCGACAUCAAAACCCCCAGCACAAACCCCCUCAACCUCAUCCUCCCCUCCUUCGAAACAAUCUGGCGCGUGAUCUUACGCGGCAUUUUGGAAAUCGGCUUCGCAAGCGGCUCCGCCUACCCAUCCUGGAAAAAAGCCAUGAUAGCCUUCGCUCAGAGUCCAACCAAAGAAUAUUUUGAGUUGAACCCGCCCACGACGCGCUCGAGCACAAACCCCACUGUCAAGGACGACGGGGCCAUACCCGCCUUCUCGCCGUCAGCAAAUGACCUCGUACAGGAAGCGCUGCGCCUCUAUGUCCCGACCCGCCGGGUUCACCGCGCGUACCAGCAUGCGGGCGGCUCACUCCAGCUCCUCGCGGCUGAUAUCGAGGGGUGUCAUCUAAGCACCGAUAUAUGGGGUAGUGAUGCAGAGGUGUUCCGGCCUGAUCGUUGGAUGGAUAUUACGAGGGCACAGAAGAAGGCGUUUAUGCCGUUUGGAUGUUCACCUUUGGAGUGUCCUGCGAAGGCGACUUUUGGGCCGAGGAUGGUUGGGGUUGUUGUUGGGGUUAUUUUGGGGGUUUUGGAGGAGCGUGGGGGGAUAUUUUGGACAGUGGAGGGUGGGGAUGGAAAUGGGUGGGAUGGGGUGAAAGGUGGGGGGAGGUUGGAUGCUGGGAGGAUGGCAUACGCAGAUUUGUAUUUGGUUAGGGGUCAGGGUUCUUGA